AUGGCGAUGGCGAGAGUGAUUGCUGCGGUGCCGGUGAUACUCCUGCUCAUCAUGGCGCUCUUGGCCACCUCUGGUGCGUCAAGGCCGUUGGGCGCGUGGGUUCCAGCCAGGGGGGCCGUCUCCGACGACGGUGUCACGCAGUUCAUUAGGCAAAUGUACCUCCAGCAGCUGGGAGCCGGGCCCUCGUGCGGCACCAAUAGUUCAAAUGGUGGAUGCCCACGGCGCCCAUGA